CAGUUGUAAAUAACAAUUUGUGUGAUUGUUUGAUUAAUAUCUGUCUCCCCCAUUAGACUCUGAGCUCCGUGGGAGCAAGGACUGCUUCUGUUCUGGCGUCCAGUAUCACCCAGCCGAAGCCCUGCACGCCCUGUAGAUGUUCACUAAGUAUUCACCAAAGGUUGAACGUUGAGGACUCAGACACUUCUUCUCUGAGUCUCAGUCUCCCUCUCCCAUGCAGACUUUCUCCCGGGAACUGUCGGGGAAACUUGACUAACACUCAACCCCUCCUUGGCAACUGCUUAGGGCAAGGGCUGCUCUCCCUGUGGGUGACGCAUCUACAGGUGAGGGCCCCGCCCCACAGCGGACGCUGACUUGGUCUCGUUGGGUAAGGCCAAAGUUGCCUGGGGGAGGUUACUCAUCCUGGGCUCAGGUAAGAGGGCCCGGGUUGUGAGGCCACACACUCGGGGGACGCCGAGGGAGCAGGACCGAGCCAUGGACCCCGCAAGAUCAGUGAUCUGGAGGGCAGGUUGGCUGCUGCUGCUGCCAUUGCUGCUUCAGGAAGGAGCGCAGGCCCUGGAGUGCUACAGCUGCGUGCAGAAAGCAGAUGACGGUUGCUCUCCGCAGAAAAUGAAGACCGUGAAGUGCGCGCCGGACGCGGACGUCUGCACAGAAGCGGUGGGAGCGGUGGAGACAAUCCACGGGCAACUUUCGGUGGCAGUGCGUGGAUGUGGCUCGGGACUCCCUGGGAAGAAUGACCGCGGACUGGACCUUCACGGGCUUCUGGCCUUCAUCCAGCUGCAGCAAUGCUCCCAGGACCUCUGCAACACCAAGCUCAACCUUACCUCGCGAGCGCUCAAUCCCGCAGGCAAUGAGAGUGCUUACAAGCCUAAUGGCAUCGAGUGCUACAGCUGCGUGGGGCUGAGCAGCGAGGCGUGCCAGGGUACGGCGUCACCCGUCGUAAACUGCUACAAUGCCAGCGACCAUUUCUACAAGGGCUGUUUCGAUGGCAAAGUCACCUUGACGGCAGCCAGCGUGACUGUAUCCUUGCCCAUCAAGGGCUGCGUCAAGGACGACUUAUGCACCCGCGAUGCGGCGACAGGUCCAGGGUUCGUACUCAGCGGUUCCUGCUGCCAGGGGUCCCGCUGUAACUCUGACCUCCGCAACAAGACCUACUUUGCGCCUCGAAUCCCUCCGCUUGUCCGCAUUCCCCCUUCCCAGCACACCACUGCGGCCGAGACCACUUCUGUCACCACGACCACCCCAGCCCCAACCACCACUUCCUCUACUACCAAACCCAGCCCAGCGCCAACCAGCCACACUCCUCCGCAGGAGAAGAAGGCAGAACCUGAGGCCUCCCAGGAAAAGGGGCCCCGCUUGGCUGGAGGUGCUGCUGGCCACCAGGAACGCAGUAAUGUGGGGCAGUACCCCUCAAAAGGUGGGGUCCAGGACUCCUCCAAGGGCUCUGCAGUUCCCAUGGUCGGAUUGGCGACUCUUCUGUUGGUUGUAGUUGCUGGCGCCCUUUUAUGAGCUUCUCCAUCUGGGGACCUUCCCCUUGUCCUACUUCCCUGGCCCUGGGCACCCCUCUCCCGUUUAUACUUCCCUUUCCCCUCAGUGGACUGGGCUGGCCCAGCUCCCAUUCUUCCAAUCUCCCUAGUACCCUCAGCUUCUGCUGUGCUGGUUUGCAGCUUGGGGAAAUAAAGUUACUGUUGUAUAUAACCUGCCAGGGUCUUCUAGAUUUUUGAGGGGAUUUCAACUGUAUCCCUAUCAUCCUUGUCUCUUUCAUCCCCUCGUGGUGCUCAGGACAGAGAGAAGUCAGAGCUGUCACAGGGAAGGAGAGGGAGACAAUGAUAAGCUUCCUAUUUGCUUUCACAUAGCCAAGUUGGAAUCUGGGGGGUGGGGGGUCGGAGAGAAAGAAUAAUGGUACCUUCCUCUGGUCACUGCUGCCCCCUGCCCCUCCAUCUUUGCGGGAAUCACUUCUGAGUCUCUCUCCCUUACUAGACUGUGAGCUCCUCAAGGGCAGGGAUUAUGCCUUGUGGCUCUGUGUGGCCAGCUCCUGGCACUUAAGGGACUCAAUAAAAGUUACAUUACUUUGUAUACUGCUUUAAACGAGCCAUUUUCACCUCAUUUCUCAUUACAAUAUCUUAAAGCUGAGCUGGAACAGGAACACCAGAGCCUUUACUAGAUAGAGAAGCUGAAUCUAGAGCCACAGUCCCGGGGAAAAGUUGGAGUUUGAAUUCCUUUCCAUUUCCCGGGAACUAGCUAGCUUGUGGAGCCCUGGUGGCGCAGUGGCUAAGCAAAAGCCCUGGUGGCUGCUAACCAAAAGGUCGUCAGUUUGAACCCACCAGCCACUCUGCUGGAGAAAAGACCCAGCCAUCUGUUCCUGUAAAGAUUACAGCCUAGGAAGCCCUAUGGGGCAAUUCUAC